AUGGCCGAGGAUAUUGAGAGUUCACUUACUCAGAAAGCGGCCCGGUGGGCGAAGCUAUGCCAACAAACCAAUGAAUCUCAGCAAAGGGCCAUUGAAAGGGCACAAAAUCAUCAACAAGAACGGGAUGAGGCUAAGCAAAAAGCAGCAGAACGGGCACAGCGCAGCCAGCAGGAACGAGACGAGGCUGAACAAAGAAAGACGAAUCGAGCCCUGCGCAGCCAGCAAGAAAAAGAUGAAGCCAAGCAAAAAGCAACCGAACGGGCACAGCGCAGGCAGCAGGAACGAGACGAGGCUGAACAAAGAAAGAUGAAUCGAGCCCUGCGCAGCCAGCAGGAAAAAGAAGAAGCCAAACAAAAAGCAGCGGAACGGGCACAGCGCAGCCAGCAGGAACGAGAUGCGGCUGAACAAAAAAGAAUUGAAAGGACCGAGCACAGCAGCAGAAGUUUGAUGAAGAUGCAGAUAAGAGAGUCCUGUUAG